UAAUGGUGAACGAUAUACGCGUUCUGAUUUAUAUACGGCUAUUUGCAGUGAAACGUAAACAAUUCUUGAAGCUACAUUGCCUAACGUAGGAAUGGAACGACUUUGGUUCAGUUUGGAUUGGCUUUCAACCAGUUUCGGGAUAACGUAAGCGGUAGCUGUAUGUGUUUGCAGUGGCGGGGUGUUGGCAGCAAGGAAGGUUUUGCCUAACAUGGCUGCAACGCAAGCUGGAAGCCAACAAAAUGAAGUAAAACGUGAGCAAGUGCAAAAUGAUCAACCUCCAGAUUUAAGUAACAGUGUGCUCCAAAAUGGUACAGAGAAGAAUGGUGGACGCGGAAUAACUGGAACUGAUAGCUUAGUGAGUACGAAAACAAAAGCAUCCGGUCAAAACAGUCUCACCGUUGAGAUGAGUCAAUAUCGACAGGAGUCAGGUACAGGACCUCAUAUUCACAACAGUUCUGGUAAUGGUGAACAAAAUUCAGGCGUAUCGUCUGUAGAUAAUAACAAAGUUAAUACUGACAGUAAGUCUUUCCCAUCGAGUGCAGAACAGUGUGUGAUUAGUGAUCCGACGUAUGGCAAAGGUUCAGACAACAACAGCCAGAAUUUGCAGAGUUUUGGUUUAGGUUUUAGUGCAAGAGGUAAUUACCACCCUGAACAGCAUGGUGCAAGUAAUACGGUGCAAAACAGUAGUGAUACUAGUAGUUUACAACAAAACCCAUUUAGUCAGUUUAACACUCAAAUAAGGCAAAGUUAUCAAGGUUCCAAGCUAAUGCAGACUGGACUAAUGCAUCCGUCAAGACCUGCAAGUGUUGGACCCAUAAUGACUGGACACAGUGGCAGUUAUCAGCAACAACAGCAGCAUCAACAGAGGUACCAGUCAGGACAAGGCAUAUCUCAGCCUACUGGACCAACACCUACUUUAAAUCAGCUGCUGCAGUCGUCUAACCCAGUGCAUCGGUAUCAGAACAGUUUUGGCGAUUAUCGAAUGUCAAAAUCAAAUGAACACGGAGCUGUCAACGUGCCAUACAAUCAGCCAGCAACACCAGCCUCUUCAUGGUCUCCUAGUCGGCCAGCAGCGUCGUACAGCCCACACCCUCAGCAGUCAGCAACUCCCAUACCUCCAGUGAUAACUACGCGCGGCUCCGACACCUACCUUAGUGCUCCAGCGGGCCUUUCGUGCCCCCCUUUCGCGGCCGCGAAAUACAAUAGCGACGCCCCAACGGCAGCCUAUGCAGACGCACAGAUGUACUCGUCGCAGGUGCGCGACUCGCUGGGCCAGCUGCACGUGGCGCACUACGCGGACGAUCUGGGCGUGCUGGAGGAGCGGCGGACGCGCACGCCGCAGCCGCCGGGCCCCGGCCCCGGCGCCGCCCCCGGGCCCACGGCCGCCUGGCGCAAGGCGCGCCCGCCGCAGCCCCCGCAGCCGCCGCCCCCGCAGCCGCCCCCGCAGCAGCAGCGCUCCCCGCAGCCGCAGACGGCGCCCUCUCCGGGACAGGCGAACUGUCCGUACCGGCCGCAGCCGCCCUCUACGCCGAACGCGCACGCUCCGGAUGCUGCGACACUUGAUAUUGGUUCUCGAAGAGAAGAAGAAGAAAAUGAUGAUGAUGAUGGAGAUAUCUCUUUGUAG